AUGGUUAGAACUACAGGUGGAUGUUCUACAGGUGGUCUCGCCACACGUAUUCCAUCGAGUGCAUCCUCGCGUAGAGCGCGUACACGUACUCAAGUUUAUCAGACACCAUCAUAUCAAACUAAUUCACGAUUAGUCAAGAAGACAAGAAGCAAGAGACAGCGCACCCGUAAAGGUCCAUGCUCCACUACUACCAUACAAGCGCUUCCAAGAGACUUGUUAGUAGAGGUGGUUGCAACUGUAGCCUCAAGCUCCUUCAUGGACUUUCAUACCAUCAAAACUUGUUGCAGAGAUUUUCUUGACGCUACUGAAGAUAGGUAUGUUUGGCAAAGAGUUUCUUUGGACAAUUUUCCGUUAAUCCAGUGGCGUCCUAAUAACAAAGCAACGUCAUUUUUGACCCGCUGCAAGGAAUGUGGGAACAUGGAGAGCUUGUAUAGAGAAGGAUUGCGCAAGUAUUUUGAUUAUCCAGAUGGAAACAUGGAUGGUCUCGAGAUCUUAAAGACAGCUGCUCAAAAGGGUCACAAAGAAGCAAAGUAUGUUUGUGGUAUGAUUUUAUUAUGCUCUGAAGAUGAUGAGAUGAGAAAACAAGGAUUUGAGUAUAUGUGUAUUCUAAGGAAGUCCAAGUGUGUUGUAGAAUUAAGAAACAAAGUGAAAAAACUUAUGGACUUUUUGUGGAAGAGUAAUGGAAUGAAAGGACACAAUCAUAGCCCUCUGUGUAACUCCAAGAACACAUGCAAAGGGUGGAAAGUGAAGAAGGGUCUAUGA